GUUGGAAUCGCAGCUGUGGGAAGCUGCUUGUUUAGUUCGCUGCGUCUUCAGGGAAAGUGUGUGACUGCCCUUCCACCUGUGGGAAGUUGCCUACCCUUAAGUUGAAUACAAGGUUUUGUUCGGCCUAGAAGGGGGCUGUAAAGAGGACUCUGCUAAUUAAAAUGAGAAUGUGGCCUAGGGUGACAAGUACCCUGUCCAAAUUACAUCGGGAUGAAGAGCCUCUAUAGUCUCUUUGAAACAAUUCACAUUCACAACAGUUUUUGUGUAUUCCUUCUGAAACGGGCCUUCUCACUCCUACAUCCCCCUACUUGGGGCAUUUGCUUUUUUCACUGGUUACGAUAAAACCAGCGUCUUGGUGCAUUAACUUCUGUGAUGGAGCCGAUUUAAGAACCUUCUGGAUGGUUCUUUUGUACCACAGCUCUCUGGUUGCCUUUUGAUUUCUGUGUAAUACACUGUAAUGGGAAUCACUGAGAUGAUGAUGCUUUUUAAAAUACCAUCUGUAUGUUUAACCUGGACUAUUUCAGUGAUCAUAUUCCCCUAAUUUUGGAGGAGGGGGAGAAUAUUCUGUAGAAUGGGAUGGAAGGGAUGAGGCAAGAAGCUGUGUUACAAAGUGAAGAUUUUUCUUGACAUGUAACCUAGACUUGCAUCCCCUGUAGGAAGCUCCUAGACACAGAUUGCAGCUUCAAGAAGAGUUUUAGAGCAUUUCCAACUUAUAAAAGCUCAUGUCACCCUCUUAUUCUAGUGUCUUGUGUGUUUUCAAAGACAUCAUUAUAGAUAAGGUUUGCAGUCUAAAAGACAGCCCUGUAGGCUCUCUGUUGUUAUUGUGUGGCCUGUGCCCAUGACAGCUGUUUUGAACGCUUAUGUGGGGGUAUUGAGAAACAACUGGAAAAAUAACUUAGUCAUGCAUGAAUUAAAAUGCAGCAAGUCUGUGCACUGGUUUAAAAGGAAGCUGGUUUAAAACGAAAAAAGGCCUUAACUGCCUUAAUCUCUUGAAUAAGCAUACAUGUAAUCAAUUCUUGCACUUUCACUAACAAAGGCUUUGCAUUCCCUUUCAUCUGUUGUUUAACUCCUGGCAAUUUUACUUUCUAUUAGGAGGUACUGACUGAGAUCUUGCCUCUAAAAGUUUACGUUGAGAAGACUUUCUGCAACAGUGUAACUUCUGUAGUAAGUUGGCCAGUCACCUAGUGAACUACCUCUUAUGAAAUAAAGAAAUGGAUGGGAUGGAUGAAACAUCUAAAAGAAUCCUAGAGCCAUACCAGUAUUUACUUCAACUACCAGGUAAGCAAGUGAGAACCAAACUGUCACAGGCCUUUAAUCAUUGGCUGAAUGUUCCAGAAGAUAAAAUACAGGUUAUCAUCGAAGUGACAGAGAUGUUGCACAAUGCAAGCCUACUUGUGGAUGAUAUUGAAGAUAACUCAAAGCUACGGCGGGGCUUUCCAGUGGCACACAGUAUCUAUGGAAUUCCAUCCGUAAUCAACUGUGCUAAUUACGUGUAUUUCCUUGGCUUAGAGAAGGUUUUGACCCUUGAUCAUCCAGAUGCUGUUAAAGUUUUUACCCGUCAACUUCUGGAACUUCACAAAGGUCAAGGCUUGGAUAUUUACUGGAGGGAUACUUACACCUGUCCUACGGAAGCCGAAUAUAAAGCUAUGGUACUGCAAAAGACAGGUGGUCUCUUUGGAUUAGCUGUAGGCCUCAUGCAGCUGUUCUCAAAUUAUAAAAAAGACUUAAAGCCACUUCUUAACACGCUUGGCCUCUUCUUCCAAAUAAGAGACGACUAUGCCAACUUGCACUCCAAAGAAUAUAGUGAAAACAAGAGUUUCUGUGAAGACUUAACCGAGGGCAAAUUCUCAUUCCCAACCAUUCAUGCAAUUUGGUCAAGGCCUGAAAGUACUCAGGUGCAAAACAUUUUACGUCAAAGGACAGAGAACAUAGAUAUAAAAAAAUACUGUGUACAUUACCUUGAAAAUGUGGGGUCCUUUGAGUACACUCGGAAUACGUUGAAAGAGCUUGAAUCUGAAGCCUAUAAACAAAUUGAAUCUCUUGGGGGAAACCCUGAGCUUGUAGCACUAGUUGAACAGCUGAGCAAAAUGUUCAAAGAAAGUGAAAAUUAAAAAUUUAACUCCUGGGGUGGAUCAAAACUCAUUUUAAAAUGGAAAGGUAACCAGACUAUCUGAGAGGUGUGAUAAUUAGUCUCGCUUAAAGCUGUCUUGUAGCCAUGUUACAGAAAUUACUGUUAAAAAAAUUUGUCACUGAGUAUUUAAAUACAUACCCUAUUACCUGCUUGUAGACUGCUUUGUUAAAGCAGGUGUCCUAAAACUGAAAGAAGUUUUGAAUCUAAAUGUGAUCAUCCUUACACAAUCAUCGGCAUUAUUUGGGGCCUAAAACUCUCAUAUCUUUAACCAAGCUACUGUAGGUUUCUGGCUGAAAUUCUCUAUUAAAUUAAGUCAGAUUG